CUCGAAAUUAAAAUCCCAUGUUGCAUGCUCAAUGAUCAACCUCCACAGGGUUUAUCUCUUUAGCAUCACCCCCAAGUCUAACAUAUGCUCCGGUGAGGCAUAAUUACGAAUCGUUCGUUUGGAUGAAUUAAUUUUCGACGUAGUUGUUUAUAACGUAGCACAGCUAGCAUAGGCUAGCCACUUUAGUGGAACAGCCGUUUGAAGACGCAACGCAGUUUAGUGAAGGGAAAGAAGAGAUGCUAGUGACCCAAUACAAGGGUACCCAUGCAAAGUUGAACUGCAAAUUCAGUUAGAUGAAAGUCUGCACUCGGCAAAAAAAAAAAACUUGAAGGAAACCAUUUUUCCCUGGCUUGUCUACAAAGUUCAGCGCAGCACUUUCCGGAUACAGACAAUUUAUGCAAACUUGCUGCAACGAACGACCUCUUCGAGUGAGAUUCCAGAACAUAACUGGAGCUUGCUAAUGUUAGCCCUCAAGCUACGUUCACCAUCGCUACGUGGAGCCAGGAAACAUUUUUCUGGACUACCCGAAGACUUGCGUUUGGAUACAAAAGUUCCCCGACUGGUCAAAACAGAAGUCCGGCCGUUGGUUAGCCGGGUAACGACGGUGUUGUCCGUGUAGUUAAACAGCUAGCAAAGCCUGCCUGCUGACUGACUUGCCUUCCGCCGACUUGCACUUCCCCCACUCUCACAACAGCCGGGGCUAGCCGCAGCGUUAGUCCGGGUACAUAAAAUGAAGCGAGCAUCAGCAUUUUCGGGAGCUUUGUGGCUAUUUAGAUCUUGCUGAUGCAUGAGAAGAGGACAUUAUUUUUCUAAGAUCUCUGUUAAGGAGGUCAAAAUUUGUACGUGGAAUGGACGAGCAGAAAUCGAACUGCGAAGAGAAUGACUCUGAACCAACAGCAGAUGAUAGCGCCUCUGGACACCAGCCGGUCUCCCUCCAGGAGUCGUCCAAAGUCUCUCCUGCCGCAGACGAGUCUGGUGUUGAUGCAACCUCCUCCAGCACACCUGUAGAAUGCAUUCGUGCCUGUGCCCUUUGUAAUUGUGUGGAGCGGAGUUUGCUUGGACAGCGGGAACUGCGACACUUCAGGUCGUCGUUGGAGCGACCAACUCAAAAGCCAUCAGCUUUCCCACUGCCACUGCCUGGAAAUGAUGACCUGUCUUCCAUUGGUUUUUCUGACUCUUCCUGUCUGACGGCACUCUUUGACGACUCAGGGGGUUGUUGGGUCCACCACUGGUGUGCGGUGUGGUCAGACGGGGUGAAGCAGACGAAAGACGAGGAGCUGGAGGAUGUGGAUAAAGCUGUUAUCUCAGGGACUCAACGGCUUUGUGAGUAUUGCAAAAGACUGGGUGCAACCAUACAAUGCCACGUAGAGGGCUGCUCGCGAUUUUACCACUUCCCGUGCUCUGCGGCCAGUGGAUCCUUCCAGUCCAUGAAGCAGUUGGUCCUCCUCUGUCCAGAGCAUAUAGACAAGGCUGAGGAGUUAGCUGGUGAAGAGGCCUGGUGUGCAGUGUGUGAUUCAGUUGGGGAGCUCACAGAGCUACUUUUCUGCACGGGUUGUGGCCUCCAUUAUCAUGCGUCCUGCCUGGAAAUCGGUGCCACGCCCGUCCAGCGGGCAGGAUGGCAGUGCCCAGAGUGUAAAGUGUGCCAGACUUGCAGACAACCGGGAGAAGACUCCAAAAUGUUGGUGUGUGAUGCUUGUGAUAAGGGAUAUCACACGUUCUGUCUCCAACCAGCCAUGGAUUCUCUUCCCUCUGACCUUUGGAAAUGCAGAAGGUGCCGCGUAUGCAUGGAGUGUGGCGUCCGUGGGUUGACGCUGCCAGGUUCGGCCCAGUGGUUUGAAAACUACAACGUGUGUGAAGAGUGCCAGCAACACCGCAGCUCAGUGUGUUGCGUUUGCAGCAAAGCUGCCAACCCGUCUGUUGGGCUUCAGUGUUGCGGCGUGUGCCACAGAUGGAUGCACAUCGAGUGUUCUGCACUGAGAGAGCUUUCAGAAGCCAAGGACAUCUGUCUUCUUUGCAAGGAGGAUCAGCAGCAGCAACCUGCUGGUCAGACCUGCAUGGACGACAGUCAGUCUGGGGAGGAGAUGACAAUCCAAGCUGACCUUGUCACUGAAACGGCAGCAGAUUUAUCAGAAGCAACUCCCGGUCAGAAUGGUGCAACCGGGAUGGACGCCGUGAAAAGUGAACCUCAGAGAGACGCCCCUAUGGAUUUGGGUUUGGAGUCUGCAGUAGUUCACUCAGCAGAUGUUAAGGGGAAGGAAGCAGCAGAAGGAGCCACCUGUCAGGAGUCAUCUGCUUCAACUGUGUCUACAGCUCGUGCUACGACGGAACAAGGAGCCGUUUGUCUUCCUGCUGAUGAACGGAGAUCAGAAGAAAUGCUCUGCGAGAAGACUCAAAGCCCGCCCUCUCGGGUCUUCUCAGCAGAAACUCAGCGCGACAUUAACCCUACACCAGAGCCCGCCGCAUCAUCACACCAAGCAACUGGAAGCGUGGAGGAGCACAAGCAAAAGUCCACCCUCUCUGGGACAGAAGCCCCGGAGGAGUCGUUACGGAGCGACUGUGUCGUGGAACCGUUCAGAAAGGACGCGCAGAGACCAGCGGCCUUUUCUGUCUCUGUGGACAAACCCGAGGUGCCGUCCGUGGACGACAAACCCGAGAGGAGUCGGUGCCAAGACCUCCAGUCGCCUUCCGCCACCUCGCCGUCGGCAGACGCACAAGACGCGCUUUCUGCCAUGGAUGUGGAGUCGAGGUUGCUGCCUCAGUCCGAGGAGGAAGACGAAGAGGAGGACGACGAGCAAAUGAAAGGACAUCAUUUGGACAUAAAGCAGGAGCUGCAGGCAGCGAAGCCCGAGCUGCUGCUGGACGAGAUGUCCAGCAGCAGCGGCUUCCUGGGCUCGCCCGGAGAACCGGACAAUCAACUGGCCAUGGAGCUCGGACUGGUUCCCGCCGGCCGUUCCCACGGCGAUAACCUCACGGAGACCGACGACUCGCUUCCCUUCGAUGCCCUCCGGAGCGACAGGGAGAAGGCGAAACGGAGAGGGUCGCCGGGCCGUUCACGGGUCAAACAGGGGCGAAGCAGCAGCUUCCCUGGAAAGCGGAGACCUCGGGGUGGCGGCGGAGGAGGAAGAGGGCGUGGUGGGAGGUCGCGCCUCAAAGCCAUGGCGUCCUGCAUCGAUGCCUUUUUGCUAAGCAUGGCCUCAGACACUGGACUAAGCAAGGAGGAAGACGACGAGGAAGACGACACCAUGCAGAACACGGUGGUUCUCUUCUCAAACACAGACAAAUUCGUCCUGCUCCAGGACAUGUGUGUGGUGUGCGGCAGUUUCGGAAAGGGCGCAGAGGGCCAGUUGCUAGCUUGCGCCCAGUGUGCCCAGUGUUACCACCCUUACUGUGUGAACAGCAAAAUCACCAAGACGAAGCUCCGUAAGGGCUGGCGUUGUUUGGAGUGCAUCGUGUGCGAAAAGUGUGGGAAGGCGUCGGACCCGUCCCGCCUGCUGCUCUGCGACGACUGCGACGUCAGCUACCACACCUACUGCCUGGACCCUCCCCUGCACACCGUGCCGAAGGGGGGCUGGAAGUGCAAAUGGUGUGUGUGCUGCGUCCAGUGUGGCUCCAGCUCACCAGGCUUCCACUGCGAGUGGCAGAACAACUACACUCACUGCGGGCCGUGCGCCAGCCUCGUCACCUGUCCGGUCUGCAGGGAGAACUUCAUGGAAGAGGAGCUGCUGCUGCAGUGUCAGUACUGCGACCGAUGGGUCCAUGCUGUUUGCGAGAGCCUGUACACGGAGGAUGAGGUGGAGCAAGCCUCCGACGAAGGCUUUGCGUGCACAUCCUGCACUCCAUAUGUUCCAAAACCCGUGGUAGAGUCGGCUAUUAUGGCUUCAAUAAAGAUCAAAGAGCCAGAACCCCAGUUCUACCGUCUGGAGGGCGUGUGGCUGACCGAGUCGGGCAUGUCCCUGCUGCGCAGCAUCUCCAUGUCUCCCCUGCAUAAGAGACGGCAGCGUCGCUCUCGUCUCGGCACUCUGUGCUGCGACGGCGGCCCCGAUGGAAUGGAUAUGAGGGAGGUCGAAGGAGACGGCGACGACGGGAAAGGUUGUGGUGAGCCAAUGGAUUGUGAAUCCAAGAUGGAGGCGCCAGGGAGUCCUGACAGAGAAGGUGGCGAGAGGGACGCUGGCGCGGAAGGCAUGGGGGACUGUGACGGCCUCAAAGGCGGAGCCGACGAGACGGAGGACAGUAAGAAGAGGAAACGAAAGCCCUACAGGCCAGGGAUUGGGGGCUUCAUGGUGCGACAAAGGAAGUGUCACACACGCUUAAAGAAGGAGUUCUUUGCCCAGCUGGCUGGAGAGACCACGUUAGACGGACAGCCAAUUGAGCGAACCAUUGAAGAAGGUCCUCACCCAGACACAGACAACAUAAUGGAUCCCAAACCAGCAGAAGGUGAAGAACAGGCCAAGAAGCGCCGGGGCAGAAAAAAGAGCAAACUGGAGGACAUGUUUCCAGCUUAUCUCCAGGAGGCCUUCUUUGGUAAGACAUUAAUAGACUUGAGUAAGAAAGCUGUGAUGGUAGCUCCAGGCCAGAGGUCGGGUGCAUGCCUUGUGCAGCCCGUGUUACUGAAGCCAGCAGGAGUCCAACCUGCUGCCCCAGAAGCCAAGGAUCGGGCGGCGGACGGGAGUUUUCCUGUCAAACGAGAGGGGGGUGAAGUACCCCAGCCUCAGGGAGACGGCACAGGAAUUCCCAUUCCUUCCUCGGCAGUGAAGGAGCAGUCAGCUCAUCUCCAAGACUCUGAGCCAGAAAAAAGUGAAGGUCUUCCACAGGGAGUGGAGAGUCAGGACUCUGAACAGUUCUUCAGGAAGGUUCUGGGUGUGUCAGACGGUUCUUCUUUAGGGGGGAUGAAGCCCAUCUUGGAGGGCACUAAGGGAGAGUUAAAUCGCAGUGCUGCACCACAAAGAGCCCUCCCCUCAGGGCCGCUGCCCUCUGCUGGAAUGAUGGAUGCUUUUCCUGGCCUCUCGCAGUCUCCCUUCUUUGAAAUGCGAGAGAGAGGACUGUUCAGUCCUGAUGGGGGUGAGGAGAGCCCCUGGGCAACUCCCUCCACCCCGGUGACGCCCUCCUCUCCGCCCACUCCCACGGAGGCAGAAGGUGAUGGUCUGUCCUAUAACCAGCGAAGCCUCCAGCGCUGGGAAAAAGACGAGGAGCUCGGAGAGCUCUCCACCAUUUCUCCGGUUCUUUAUGCCAAUACCAAUUUCCCUACGCUGAAACAGGACUACCCAGACUGGGCAAGUCGCUGUAAGCAGAUUAUGAAGAUCUGGAGGAAGGUGUCUGCUGCUGACAAGGUUCCAUACUUGCAAAAGGCCAAAGACAACCGAGCAGCACAGAGGAUUAACAAGGCACAAAAGCAGGCAGAGAGUCAGGUGUGCCGCCCUAUCAAGACUGAAGCGGUGCGUCCUAAAGGCGAGCGGCCGACUCUACACCUCCAGAUCCCGCCCCCCUCAGGCUCUGCUUCCAUCUCUUCCCACCCGAGCUCUGCAGACAGCCCCUAUUCCUUUCCUCCUGAUUCGGGGUCAUCUUCUGUAUUUUUCUCAGACGGAGCUCUUAAGACCCCGUUGUCAGCUGAAAGCCGGACUGACCCCCUGGCUAAGCUUCCUCCCCAGUCGCCCCUCUCUCACUCGCAUCCCAGCACACCCUUCUCACAUACCGGGGCCAGCCCUCUGCAGGCCUCUUCCUCAGGUUACCCCGCUUCCAGCCCACAGGGUCCUCCUCAGGGACGGCCAGACAGCCUCGGCCUUUUUGACAUGCAACCAGGAACUCCUGGAACCCCAAGACGGGCCCAGCACGUUGAUCCAUACUUCAAAUCGCAGCUGCAGCAACAGCAGCAACAACAAGGUCUCCUCCUGCAUUCGCAGCAGGGCUCACAGGAGGCCUUAGGUCCUUCUGGAAGUCCCCAUUCACGAGGCCCCAGCAUUGGGGAGUCACCGGUCUUCUCACCACUCCACAACACUCAGCAUGUAGACCCUUUCAGAGGCCAGCCAGGGAUGGGACGGUCGGACUUUGGUUCAUCUUCAUCCCCCUCCGCCGUGGCUUCCUCGCCUGUCGGUGCAGGACAGCACAGAGCUGAGUUUAGUGCACCUUCUCCUCGAUCUUCUGUUGCAGGAAGACUGGAGCUUUCCACUGGGUCUCCAUCUGGGAUGCUGGAGGCUGGGGACGGUCUAUUCAAGGCCCCCAUGACACCUCGAAUGCACCAGGGAGACGGUGGACCGCCUCAUCCAGGAGCUUCCCCAAACCAUCCUUCAGAGGGCUACCGCCAGUCUCCCUCCCAUAGUUUCUCUGACCCUCACUCUCACCCGCAGGUUACCCCCAGACCACAGUCGGGUGACAACUGUGGUCUGGGAGCCCAGAGACACCCAGCUACCCAGCAGGAUCAGGGCCAUAGAGUCCCCUCCAGUCCACAGUCCCAGGGUAGUGUCCCGUCUCCCCACACUCCUGGUGGCAUGUCCUCCGACCCGUAUGCUGUCCAAUCUCCAGCUACUCCUCGUUUCCAGUCCCCAGACCCUUGUUCCAGGCCACCUUCUAGACCACAGUCCAGAGACCCCUUCGCUGCUCUUCACAAACCUCCUCGCACUCCCUCUCAUUCCUCCGAGGGAACUGGAAACUACAAAACAUCGCCUCACCCCAACCAGCCCCCUCCCGGCCAUCCCAACAGUAGUUCCACGGUGGACCCACUCUCUGGAAAACCCGCCUUUAAUCGCAGCCCCAGCACGGGGUCUUACCUAAGCACCCAGCAGCAGAGCCCGGUGGUCCCAGGUCAGCCUCAGCUGACCCAAGGAGCAGACGCCCUCGGUUCCAGGGCACCGCCUGCUUCUGAAUCCCAGGAACUAUCUGCUGUUCACCCUCCAGAGCUGCCUCAUCAGCCGGCUGCGCAAGGCGCACAAGAAAUGCCGGACAUCUCAACUGUGCAGGAACCUUCCUUAGUUGGACUAAGCCCAUCUGAACUGGAGAAGUACAAGCAGCGGCAAAAGCUGAGGGACUUUAUAAUCAGGCAGCAAAGACAGAAGAUUACAAUCAAACAGGAGAAAGAGGCUGCAGCUGCUGCAGCUGCUGGAAAUGCUUCCCCAGGCUGGUCUGGGGGGGAGAUGGGAGCUUUUCAACAAGAUAAGACCCUCAGAGCUCCUCCACCUUACCCACAGGACCGUGUUGCUCCUGUUCCCUCUGAGGCUCAAGUUUCUGUUCCUGGGAAGAUGCCUGUGGUCGGAGGAGGCAUGGAUGAUAAGCUCAUUCGCCCACCGCCUACAGGAACAGCUGCCAUUAUGGAUACGAGUGGACUCAGGCUUCAAGGGUCCAUCAGACCUGGUAUGUUUAACCGUCCACCAUUCCCUCCUCAAUGGCAACCCCAGGGUCCAGGUCAAAGAAGAUUACCCCAGCCUGGCCUGGAAGCGAUGGGCAUUAGACAAAAUCUAAACCAUGGCGUUAACAUGCAAGGCAUGGAGAACGCACACACCAUGAUGCCAGGACAUGGAGGAGAAAACCUGCAGGCACUGGGUCAAGGCCCACCACCGCAAUUCAUUGAACUGAGACACAACUCACAAAGGCUCCCCCUACGGCCUCAGUUUAUUCCCAGAGCACCUCAGCAAAGACCACGUCUCUUUGUCCAACAACAGGAUUUGGCUCCGUCUUAUUUCCAGCAGCAUCCCAUAGCUCAGGCCGGAGGGUUGCAAGCAGAUGGAAGUGGCGUCUCGCAGCUGGGAGUACCUCAGGGUGCUAUGUCCGUCCCAGGUUUGCUGCCUUCACAGACCACCGGAACAGUAUCCCAACAGCCCCACUUGCAGACUCAGGCAGCCGCUUCCAAAUCCGGCAUGCAAAGUACCGAGCAACAGAGAGUUGGACAUCAAGGAUUGGUGACAGAGCCUCCGCCCACGAGUGUAGGGCCCUGCGAGGAACUGCCAGAGCCGGACCUUGAGGGUCUAGGUGACGGAUCGGGGGAUGGCGGCGUGGAGGAUGAAAACGAUCUGACUCUCGACUUGGAUCCUGACAAAGGAGACGAUGACUUGGGUAACUUGGAUAACUUGGAAACCAACGACCCUCAUCUGGACGAUUUGUUAAAUGGCGACGAGUUCGACAUCCUGGCUUACACAGACCCCGAACUGGAUCAGGGAGAUCCCAAAGAUGUGUUUUCAGACCAACUGCGGCUGGUAGAAGCAGAGAGCGAAACACCUUCAUCGGUUGCUGGAUCUGCUCGCUGUAAGGUUGAAGACAGAGGUAAAGAUGAGCCAGGGCAGAAGUGUUUAACGCUUUCCCAGAAGGAUUCUACUACCUCAGUCCAACAUGUUGCAGAAAGAGCUGAUCCUUCUAAAGUCAAAGUAGAGGACAAAUGUCUCAUCCCUCAGCUGCAAGCAGGACAAUCUGCGGUCAAAAAUGAAAUGAGAGAGGCUGUGUCGAUACUUCUUGGAGGGGCCGCAUCAACAGCCAAGACGGAACAAAAGGAAACCCAGCAAGCCUGUCUCAGUUCUGUACGACUUGGUAGACUUCAGUACUCCAUGUCCGGACAAGGGGAUCCGUUUUCCCCUGGCACCCCACAUGGGGAUAUAGGGGACGAUCCGCUGGGGCUGCCGGAUGUCGGGGGCCAGCACUCUCCUGCAGUAGACCUGGCAAAAGUUGAGAGCUCUUUAGAGGGUGAAUUGCCUCUUCUCAUCCAAGACCUCCUGGAGCAUGAAAAGAAAGAACAGCAGAAGCAGCAACAGUUGAGUUCCCUUCAACAGGGCAGCAUCCCCGCUCAUUUUCCUGGCCUCUCAAGUCAACAUCCAAACCCGCAGGGAACCGAGCAACUGAUUCUACAGCAUCAACAGCCUCGUCCGCCAGCGCAGGGAAUGAUGGAGCAAGCAGGAAUGGUGGCGCGUGCUCCUCACAUGAUACAGCAACAGCAGAGGAUGAUGGGGCCGGGAGUGGUGCCUCACCCUCACAUGGCAAUGGCUCACCAGCAAGCCAUGAUGAGGACGGGGCAGCCGGGAAUCCACGCAGGCCUCGGUCAUCAGCCUCAACCGGUGGUCAAGCAAUCACCGCUGGCCAACAACUUCUUCCCAGAUAAAGUUGCAGAUUUGGAUAAAUUUCCCGCGGAUGACAUCAUUGAUCCCAUUGCCAAAGCAAAGAUGGUGGCUCUGAAGGGGAUUAAAAGAGUCUUGGCACAGGAUCCGACUAUGGUUGUUCCUCCUGGGAUCAACAGGCAACAAGUUUCUCUGCUUGCCCAGCGGCUGGCCUCUGCACCUGGCGCAGAUCCUGCUCAGGCUGCACCCGGACCGCCAAAGGAGGGAGAAACAAGUGAUCCCAUCCAGACGAGACCCAAUCCUCCUCAGUUUGUGCAAGGAAUCAUCAACGACGCAGAGCAGCACCAGUACGAAGAGUGGCUCCUCCACACCCAACAGCUUCUCCAGAUGCAGCUGAAAAUUUUGGAAGAGCAAAUCGGAGUUCACCGAAAGUCGCGCAAAGCACUUUGUGCCAAGCAGCGCACGGCAAAGAAAGCAGGCAGGGAGUUCGCAGAGGCCGAUGCUGAGAAACUCAAGUUGGUCACCGAAGAGCAAAGCAAAAUUCAGAAACAGCUCGACCAGGUCCGCAAGCAGCAGAAGGAGCACACCAACCUUAUUGCAGAGUACAGAAGCAAACAGCAGCAGCACCAGCAGAGCUCUGGUCUGCUGAACCCAGCUCAUCCUACUCAGGGCGGGCCCUCUCACAUGUUUCCUAAGAUCCCAGGGCAAAUGAUGAUGGGCCAGCAGGGGGCAGCGGUAAUGGGGCAACACCCUGGCAUGAUGCCUCUGCGGAUGCCCCAGGCCCAGCCCUUCAUGGGGGGUCCGCAGCAGCAGCUUCCGGCGGCUCUCGGUGCUCCUGGUCCCAGGGUUCCGGGCCCCUCUGGGACUCCGGCUGGGUUUUUCCCCCAGGGCACCCCGGUACAAGGGGCAGACCCCCGGCUUCUUCAAGAAAGGCAGCUUCAGCAUAGGAUGCAGAUGGCAAAGCUCCAGCAGCAGCAGCAGCAACAGCAGCAGCAGCAGGCAAUGAUGUGUCAACAAGCGAUGCCACACCCGAACCAACAACCCGGUCUAAUCCCUCAGUCGCAGCCGGGCAUGAUGGGAAGUCAGCUCAUGGCGCAGCAUCAAGCAGGGACUCAGCAGGGAAUAAUCGCCACGCAGGCAAACCAGCAGAGCAUGGUGCAGGUUCAGCAAGGCAUGGUGGGAGGUCAGACCGCUGCGCCACCAGGACAGCCCAUCAACCAGCCUGCGGCCAUGAUGGCAGCUCAGCCGAGGCUGAUGGUUAAUCAGCAGCCAAGGCCCCAGCUGAUGAUGGGCCAGCAGGGCGCCGCCGGGCCCCCGGGUCACCCUGGUCUCCGGGGAGCCCCGACUCAGAUGACUCAACAACAUCAGAACAUCCUUGCUCAGCGAAUGCUUGCGUCUCAGCAGCAAAUGGCCCAGCAGAGACAAGUGGCGCCAAUGGUUAGCCAGCCCGGCCAGGACCAGGGUGGGCACUCGCAGCCCUCCACCCCGCAGAUGGGCUCCUCUCCUUCAGCAGGGAGUAACACGCCGCAGACGCAGGGAUCUGCCGACGGCCAGAACUCGGCAGCCACAGACGGAAGGAUGUUGAGCCCUGAUUCAAGAACCCCGCCACAACAGAGCGGACCUUCUACUCCCAGUCAGAGCUCACAGCAAGGCUCAGUGAAUAACCCGCUGGACCAGGGCCGCCAGCAACAGAGUCAGAUGUAUUUAACUCAGCAUCACCAUUCAAAUUCUCAAUCUGUCCACGAACAACAAGCUGGUGGGACGGUGAACCAGCAAACCGGAGUCGUUCAACAACAACAACAGCAGCAUCAUCAACUUCCUGUUGGUGUCCAGAGGCAAGGCUCCGUCGGCUCUGACAAACCCAGCUUGAUGAGUGUAAAAGAGGAGGGCAAACCUGUCGAUUUCCUCACCCAACAACAACAAAAUGCUACGCAGAAACCACAGGAAGCGGGCAUGCAACAGCAGAUGAUGGCUCCGAAUAAUCCCGGCCAGGCUCCGCCCACUGCGAUGGCUCUGAACCCGCAGCAACAAGCCCUGAUGGCGCAGCAGCAGAAGCAGCAAGCCAUGAUGGGCAUGCUGAGAGCUCAGCAGCAAGGGAUGAUGCCACAGAGACCCGGGGUCCCAACAGCACAGAUCCGCACCACCAUCAGCAUCCCAGCCAUCAUCGCCCAGAAUCCUCAGCUGCGCAAUCUUCCCCCGACUCAGCAGAUCCAACACAUCCAGGCUCUGAUCGCGCAGAGGCAACUCCAUCAGGGUCAGAUGCUGCGGAUGCCCGUCGGUCAACUGAGAGCACAGGCGCCGCCGGGCGGGCAGCAAAUGAUGGGGAUGGAAGCCAAUCAGAUGCCUUAUGGAGGCAAACCCGGAGCUCUGGCCGGUCAGCAGCAGCCGGGCAUGUUUGGCCAGCAGCCUGCGGUCACUUCUCAGGUGCAGCAAGGGAUGAUGGUCACAGCCCAGCAGCCGCAAGCAGGGGAGAUGAUGCAGCAGCAGCACAUCAUGAGAGGUCAUCUACCGAUGCCACAUUCCCCGAUGGAGCAGAACCGCAUGCUGAGGCCAAAUUCACCACGGCAGCCCCAUGUCAACUCCCCCGGAGAUCCGCAGCGUCACGUGUUCAACCAGCCCCUGCGGCCCCCCACUCCCACCCAAACGCAGCAGCAAGCGUUAAUGGCCGCCGCAGCGGGACGCGUCCCGGGCUCCCCGUCGCACGCUUAUUCUCCCAGAGGUCCAUUUGGGAUGAGCCCCGCCCACCCAGCCUCGCCCUACUCGUCUCACGCCUCCUCGCCUUCGGUCGCCGACAACAGAGCGGGGAGAGGCAGUCCAUUCAGCCAGGUCAAGGCCUCUCCACUCAGGUCGCCUGGAGCCAGGAGUCCACUUGACUGCCCAGGAAUGAAAGUAGAGAGUCAGACUUCGAGCGGCGAGCCGCCUCAGAUGGCCCCAGGCAUGCCCAACGGGCCACAGAGAGGCAUGAGCAUCCAGCAAGAGUUGAAGCAAGUCACAGAAAGCUACACUCAGCAAGGGGAGCAAUGUAGGAUCCCGAUACAAAACAUAAAGCAGGAGCCGAGGGAGGUUCAGUGUGACGGCUCCUCGGAGGCGCAUCCAGGGGCGAUAAAGAGAGAAACCUUGGGCGAAACCGUUUCCGCUGGGAACAACACGAGCUUUAUUAACACCGGAAACGUGCCCAGAGACCAGGAGACCCAAGGUCCCAGAUCCGAGACGGGACAGCAGCUGCUGCAGAAGCUGCUGAAAACCAAGAACCUCCAGCUGAAUGCGCAGAGGCCCUCCGAAGGCAUCCACAGUGAGAUCAAUGGCCACAUCAACAGCAAACUGGCCAUGCUGGAGCAGAAGCUUCAAGGGACCCCACGUAAUAUGGAGGAUCUGCAGUCUCUAACUAAAAGGGCUCCAGUACAGAAGCCAAAGCGCAUCAACAAGCCGCCUGGAGGCGGAGGGCCAAACUCACGGAAGAAGAACAAAAAGGAGGAUGUUGGGAAAAGCGCUGAAAACCUAAUAAAACAACUCAAACAGGGUCUGUCUCUGCUGCCGUUGAUGGAGCCCUCGAUCAGCGCCAGCUUGGAUCUCUUUGCUCCUUUCGGAAGUAGUCCAGUCGGCGGAAAGGACCAGCUGAAGGGAUCGUUUGGAAACGCAGUUCUGGACAACAUCCCAGACUACUACUCCCAGUUACUCACCAAGAGUAACCUGAGCAACCCUCCAACACCGCCCUCCUCCCUGCCGCCGACUCCACCUCCGUCGGUGCAGCACAAGCUGCUGAACGGGGUGACUGCUGGCGAGGAGCUCCCUGAGAACCAGAAGGACGCAGACGCAGCAGAAGAGCCGAUGGAUUCUGCUUCAGAGGAGGUGAAAAGCGUAGACAUCCUGGCGGCCCUCCCCACGCCGCCGCACAACCAGAACGAGGACAUCAGGAUGGAAAGCGAUGAUGAGGACACUCCGGAAACCAUCAUUCCCGCCUCGUCGCCAGAGAGCAACUUGGGAGACGUAAAUCCACGUUUUCCUCACCUGCUGGAGCCUAAAGAGGAGGAGACGGAGAGAGCAAUAUCUCCCAUCAUACCCCUGAUACCUCGCACCGCCAUUCCAGCAUUCCCAGAAAACAAACCAUUUGAAGCACCUGACGGCAAGACCGUUUCCAUGGCCAACCACUGGGACAAGACCAAAAGCAAUGAGGUGUCUGUUACCUUGACGAUGUCAUCCGCUGCAGCCAAGAAACUUAAUCAUGUAAUGAUGGCGAUGGCUCAGCUGCUCAGCAUUAAAAUGCCAGGUGCUUAUGAAGUCACGUACCCUCCGCAAAUCCCUGAGCUGCCUGGAGUGGAAGGGACCGAGAAAGGACCUGGUCACUCAGGAGCAUUGUGUACAAAGGAUAGCACUUCCCUCAGUCAGGAUGAGUGGCUGAGGCAGUUUGAUGUUUCUCUCCCAGGCUGCACGCUGAAGAAACAAGUGGACAUUUUGGCGCUUAUUAAGCAGGAGUUCCAGGAGACGGACGACAAACCGGCACAACACUGUUACACGACCAACGUCAGUGAUCUGGACGUCCGCCAUCUUCCCGUUAUACCGCUGGAGGAAUCUCCACCUCCUUCACCUUCUCCUCCUCAGCCUCCUCCAGCUCUACCAGUCGCUGGCGAAGAGGCCGAAUCGCCCAAAAAGUCUGCGUCUCCGACUCCUCCGUCCUCCAGCCCAGUCUGUGUCCAAACCAAGACCGAGUCUGAACAGGACGCAGGUUCUACCGUCGGCGCUCCUCCUCAGCCAGCGGAUGUGUCAGAGUCUGAAGUUCCUGCUCCGGUGUUGAACACUGAACCGUCUUCGGAACAGUCUGAUCCCACCGCGCCGCAUGAGGGUGGUAGAAGUCCCGUUGUGAAGGAGGAAGAGGAGGAGGACUGUGUUACUAAGCCCGCCCACUCUCCUAAAGACUCUCCCAUCGCCAUGGACUCAUCUCCUAAAACCGUAAAGCAGCGCAGGCCCCUGUCGCCCGACGAGGAAGUGACGCACCCCAAAGUGAAAAAAUGGAGGGGCGUUCGCUGGAAACGCCUUCAAAUCGUCAUCACCAUACGCAAGGGCGGCUCCAAGAAGGAGACCAGCCGGGAAGUGUCGGAGCUGAUGGACCGCCUGCGCAUCACUCUCCGACCCGAAAAGCUGCCCCGGGACAAACGCAAAUGCUGCUUCUGCCACGAGGAAGGGGACGGCGCCACGGACGGUCCGGCGCGGCUGCUCAACAUCGACGUGGACCUGUGGGUGCACCUCAACUGCGCACUGUGGUCCACGGAGGUGUACGAGACGCAGGGCGGCGCUCUGAUCAACGUGGAGGUCGCCCUGCGCCGAGGGCUACGGACGCUCUGCGCCUACUGCCAGAAGACAGGUGCCACCAACAGCUGCAACAGGCUGCGCUGCCCGAACGUCUACCACUUCGCCUGCGCCAUCCGGGCACGCUGCAUGUUCUUCAAGGACAAGACCAUGUUGUGCACCCAGCACAAGCUGAAGGGCCCCAGCGACGACGAGCUCAGCACCUUUGCCGUCCUGCGGCGCGUCUACAUCGAGCGGGAUGAGGUGAAACAGAUUGCCAGCAUCCUGCAGCGCAGCGACCGCAUCCACCUGUUUCGCGUCGGCGGGCUCAUCUUUCACGCGAUCGGCCAGCUGCUGCCCUCCCAAAUGGCCAACUUCCACUCGCCCACCGCCAUCUUCCCCGUCGGCUACGAGGCCACGCGCAUCUACUGGAGCACUCGCGUGCCCAACAAGCGCUGCCGCUACCGUUGUCGCAUCGGCGAGGACGACAGCCGCCCGCUGUUUGAGGUGCGCGUCCUGGAGCACGGCAUGGAGGACCUGCACUACCGCGACACUACUGCUGAGGGAAUCUGGGAGCGCGUCGUUCAGCAGGUGGCUAAACUACGAGAUGAUUCAUCCAUGUUGAAGCUGUUCACUGAACAUGUGAAGGGAGAGGAGAUGUACGGACUCACCGUCCAUGCUGUCAUGCGAAUCACCGAGUCGCUGCCCGGAGUUGAGAGCUGCCAGAACUACCAGUUCCGAUACGGCCGACACCCUCUGAUGGAGCUCCCACUCAUGAUAAACCCCACAGGCAGCGCUCGCUCCGAGCCAAAGGUCGCCACGCAGUGCAAAAGGCCUCAUACUCUAAACAGCACCAGCGUCUCCAAGGCAUACCAGAGCACCUUCACCGGGGAGCUCAACACUCCGUACAGCAAGCAGUUCGUCCACUCCAAGUCCUCCCAGUAUCGGCGUCUGAAGACGGAGUGGAAGAACAACGUCUACCUGGCGCGUUCUCGCAUUCAGGGCCUGGGGCUGUACGCUGCCAAGGACCUGGAGAAGCACACCAUGGUCAUCGAGUACAUCGGCACGGUCAUACGCAACGAGGUGGCCAACCGCCGCGAGAAGAUCUACGAGUCACAGAACCGAGGGAUCUACAUGUUCCGCAUCAACAACGAGCAGGUGAUCGAUGCCACCCUAACUGGCGGUCCGGCGCGCUACGUGAACCAUUCCUGCGCCCCCAACUGUGUUGCUGAGGUCGUGACCUUCGACAAAGAAGACAAGAUCAUCAUCAUUUCCAGCCGCAGGAUCCCCAAAGGAGAAGAGCUGACGUACGACUACCAGUUCGACUUCGAAGACGAUCAGCACAAGAUCCCCUGCCACUGCGGGGCCUGGAAUUGCCGAAAGUGGAUGAACUAGCCAGGAGGAAGCGAAAUCGGGAGAGUGGCCCUCUGCUGCUACCACAACACUCCUGCGCCAAAGCCUUUGAAUCCUACAUCGCCAGUGCAUAAGCUGUUCUGAAAAGACACGGAGGAAGGCAGUCCUCUGCUAAUAAAAGACUAAAGUGUUGACAUCUUGUAGCCAAAGGUCUGAAGAGCAUUAAUCGUAAAAGAAAAAAAAAAAAAUACAGAAAAAAAAAACAACCAAUCACUUUACAGAAAACAGUUUGAUGAGGGAAGGGGUGAGGGGGUCUAACUAUGAUGCUUGGAUAGUGACCCCACUCCUCCACCCUCCACCUCCACCCUAAUCUACUGUCUACCUUCUAUAAGCUCGCAGUGGCUGGAAAACAAUCCUCAACCCCACCAAAUGAUUCUGACCGGAGCUCGUCGGAGCUUUUGACAAGAAGCCAUGUUCAGAUACCGAGAGUUGAACUUGAGGAAAGCAUUUUUUUUCACGUUUGUAGUCGGACCUAUCUUCUGUCCUCCUCCCUCCCCCCCCUCUCGACCUCCCAGGAAACGGCACUUUCCCCUUAAAGAAGUCCUCGUCGACAACACGGACAUCGGCUCGCUAGACAAUCCUUGACGUUAGAACUGUACACGGAUCGACGGAAUGAAAAUUCAGAUGCUGUUCGUCUGCGGCUCCAAGCGGCCCAAGGUCGGGGUUGGUUUGACACAGUCUACCUCACUGAUUUAGCGGGAAAUGACUGCUUUGUAAAAAAAAAAAAAAAAAAAGAAAAAAAAAAUACUGUUAACUGCUACUGUGGAUUUACUGUGGGGGCGGCGGAGGGGUGUGUUUUUAACGGGCGUAGCCCUUCUCGGACAAGCAGGGAAUCUAAAAAGCAGCAGAUUUUGCUCUGUCUACUCUAUGCUGAUGUUGAUUUACAAUAAUAAGGAGCCAACGUUGUUAUUAUUAAACAAGGAUUAUUUAUACAGAGGAAUAUAUCAGUUUUGAUAAGAUAUUUCGUUAGAAAAAUCAAAAUUGGAAGCGUAAAAGGGCGUCAUUAAUGCCACCAGCCCAUAUGGGGGGAUAUUAACUUCCCCUUUUUUUUUUUUUUUUUUUUUUUUUUUAUUUUGUAAAUGCAUCCCAAAAGUCAUAUUAGCUUUGUGAAAGCACAAUAAAUCCACCUCUUCACUCGCUAAAAUGGUGUAAAUGAACUUUGCGUAGUGGAUCCAUAUUAACCAAGUAAACCCCUCCACCUUCCAGUCGCAGCCAGUGGAUGCAUGACUACUGUCCCCUUCAGUGCUUCUUUUUUGUUUAUUCCCUCAAGACGACACAAUCGCUUCACACACCUCAACCAACCAACCGACGAAUCAUGUCUCUUCCUCUCUGUGUUAUUUAAUGGACUGUUUUUUAAAACCUUUACUGUAAGUAAGUCUUCCUCUGCCUGAGUCCAGCCUGCAGUGUUUCUAUGCCUCCUCCCCUCCUUCUCCGCUCUCAAUAGUGUGCAUACUUUUAACUUCCUCCCAGUGCUGGUGCUGUCUUAUUGAGGCUGAACUGGUGGCAGGGAAAGAUUUAUUGGAAUAAAAAAAGGGCAUUUGUUUUCAUUUCUGUGUAAAAAAAUAAAAUUAAAAAAAAAAGUCUUUAAAGGGAGCUUUACUAAAACUCCACCUUCCUAUAUGACUUUGAUCCCUCUUUACUCCCCCAACCUAAGACCUCACAUGAUUUUAAAAAUGCAAAAGUUGUACAAAACUGUAUAUAUCGUAUAUGCAUUAGAGGGGGAGGGAGGAGAGCGGCUCUUUAUCCGACCCCUCCCCCCCUUUGUAAUCAAUAAAGGCGAAAAGUGCUGAAAAUAAUAAAACGAGAAAUAAAGUAAAAAAAAUCAACCACUGGAUAUCAUUUUAACGAAGCUGUACAUAAAUAUAAAUAUAUGUAAAAUUUGCAAACUUAAUAUCUUUAUGUAUAUGAACCAGAGUGUUUUUUGUUUUUGUUUUUUUUUGUUUUUUGCAUUUACCUGUUUUUCUAUUAGUGGUUUUUUUUUUUUUUCGUUGUUUUUGUUUUGCUAUGAGCUCCCAGAGGCGAGUUUGUAGAGACGGAGGGAAAACGAAGCCGAGGCGAUUACUGAGCUGUGCUAAAGAAAAAUCACUUUUUUUUUUCUUUUCUUUUUUUUUUUUUUGCCUAAAGCAGUACAAUGGUGCAUAGCAUUUGUAUUUAUGUAUUGUUUUUUUGGGGGGGGGGAGGUUGUCUUUUUUUUUUUUCUUUGGUUUGUGUUUAUUUAUGCUACUGCUUGUUGACUACCAAAACCUUUCCAGUAAAACAGUCAGAAUUGGAUCUAUAUAGUCUUGAAUGGAAAAAUCUUGAACUCCCUAGAAUCUUGUUUGUGGUUUGCUUUUUUGAAUAUCUUCCCUAUAGAAGUGAAUGUGUUGGUAAACCUUGUGAAACGGUUCCUUGGCCUCAUGUAUGUUUAUUGUAAUACUCAAAAGUUAACCCCAUACUUAACCUGGUAAUGAAUUGCACUCUCAUUGUAUAACAGAGACCUUCUCUAAAGUGGUAGAUAUUGAUCAAGUAUCUCAAACAGUGAUACGUAUAUAUAUGGAUAUAAAUAUAUAUAUAUAAAUAUAUUUUUUGGUAUGUUUCUAUUUCAAGGGAAGACCAUGAUGAGACGACACGUGCUCACUGGAUUUUAGCCGAAUUAAUUUUUAACUUCUCUGAAUUAAUUUAAGUUCUCUGCAGAUCUUUUAAUUUAAUAAAGUUUGCUCAAAUCGAAGGUUUUUUUUAAACCUCGCCUUUUUAAAAAUAAGAGAGAAAAAAAAGAUAUUGCAUCUGUACAGCAGAGAUACUUUUAGGGAAUACGAAUAAAUAUAAUGAUCAUUUUUAUUGUAUGUGGCAUGUUUUGUAUGGAUAUUCUUUCCAAAAUGUACAUAUUUUUUUCAGGACGCCAGAGGUUGCAUCUCUUUAUAUACUGGUUUCCCCACUUCCCCCUUCUGCCCUUCAUCUUCUUUCUUUGUCUGCUUUUGUUUCUUGGAAAGGAAAAUAAAAUGCAUUUUAAAUAUG